GUCGGCAACCAUGAUAGUUUACAAUAUGUCUGCCGUAGCACUAAAAAACUACAGGAAGCUAUGUGAUUUAUGAUUUUUAUACCCGCUUGGAAAAGGAAUACCUUGCUGACAUGUUGAUUACAUUUAGCUGCUGCAACAAUGUUGACAGUUUUUGGGGAUGUGCUGUAGUGUCUUGAUGUCACAAUGGCAUGAUGCUGUUUGUAACGUCUGCAGUACCAACAGCACAGAAUCCUUUUCCCAUCUACCUACUGUAGUGUUCUGUAAGCGGGUAACAUGGAGAGUCGUGUUGGAGGACUACUGUUUACGUCGAAGUUCGACUCCGGCAACCUCACCCGUGUGGAAAAAGUUGUCAGGGAAGAUGAAGAUGAAUCAAGUGGCGUCUACUACUCCGGACAAGAACCUCGGCCGGACAAUGAGUUCAAUGUGUGGACAAAGCCUGACUGUGGAGGCACUGAGUUUGAAAAUGGGAACAGAUCCUGGUUCUACUUCGGGGUCCGAGGCUGGAACCCGGGUCGCCUCAUCAAGAUCAACGUGAUGAACAUGAACCGGCAGGGCAAGCUGUACAGCCAGGGUCACACCCCACUUGUACGCAUCCUCCCCAACAGACCAAAGUGGGAACGCAUCAGAGACCGGCCAUCUUAUGAGACGGUGGAUGGUCAGUUCAUCCUGAGCUUCAGCUACCGGUUCCCGGACAUCAAGGGAGCGACGGUGUACUUCGCCUUCAGCUACCCCUGGUCUUACACCGAGUCCCAGGACAGGCUGACGGAACUCGAUAAAAAGUUUGAACAUUGCAAAAACCUCAGCCCAGACAGCCGACCUGACUCCAUCUACUAUCAUCGAGAACUUCUGUGUAAAUCUCUGGACAACCUGCGGGUGGACCUCAUUACAGUCACGUCUUGUCACAAACUCUGCUCACAGCGGGAACCCAGAUUUGACGGCAAACUGUUUCCUGACAAGGCCACGCCCAGAUGUCGACAGUUCAAAGGCAAACGGGUGUAUUUACUGAGCAGUCGUGUUCAUCCAGGGGAAACACCGGCAAGUUUUGUGUUUAAUGGAUUCUUGGAUUUUAUCCUGCGAGAAGAUGACUGUCGAGCUCAACAGCUACGUAAACAGUAUGUGUUUAAACUGAUACCGAUGCUGAAUCCGGACGGGGUGAUGCGAGGUCACUACAGGACUGACCAGCGGGGCGUCAACCUGAACCGCAUGUACCUUGACCCAAGCUUCACCCUCCAUCCAUCCAUCUACGCUGCGAAGAGCGUCAUCAUCUACCACCAUGUCCACAACCGCAUCAAGAAAGAGGGUGACCUGUCUGACAUUCAGGUCAACUUCCCACAGGGAGAACUUGUGUCUAGUCCACAGCGACCAGCAACACGUACCCCUAGGCUCAACCUGUCAGGUCAGGGGGAAGCCCUGAGUUCUCGGACACUGGUUGGAGCUGACCCUCUCUCGUCAAGGACGCCGGGCAGUGAUGCUACAACUGUUGUGAUCAGAGACUGUGUUGAACCAGUGGACAGUCAUCGAAGUGACCGGAAUCCGGGCGGAAGUGAGGCCACAUGGCUUCAUGAAACGAACAAGCUGCCCACGCUUGAUGUUGAAGGACUAGACUCAAGUCACAUGGAUUCAGCUCAACCAAAGUCAUUUCAGAUCGAACCUCUGAACCUUGCAGAUCUUGACGGGACAGACACAUCAUUGAGCGAUGGUGGACUGGCUCCGGACACCAUGCCUACCAACCACGUGUCGUCUUCAUGUUGUAGUGUACUCAGUAAUCUCGACAUGACCAAAGACCAGCGCCGCGUGGACAGCGAGUUGAGACUCCGUCUGUCAGAACUGAACAUGUCAGAUGACUUCCGAUGUGAUGGUGGCCCGGCCAAUGAGUUGAUGGCUGAUACAGAUGAUGAGGGUGAUGGAGACACAGACAACCUUGGCAACGAAGGGUCGGAGGAUGAGGGGGACGUGUACGUCACUAGCACUAACUCCCCUCAUCUGUCAGAUCCGAAACUCAAAGAGAUUCCUCCUCACGAGAGUGGGAUAGCUUUUUAUGUGGAUUUACAUGGGCAUGCGUCGAAACGAGGCUGCUUCAUCUACGGCAACUACUAUGAGAAUGAAGAUACUCAGGUGGAAAACAUGAUGUUCCCAAAGUUGAUCUCCAUCAACACAGCACACUUUGACUUCACGGGCUGCAACUUCUCGGAGCGGAACAUGUACUCGAAGGACAGGCGUGAUGGGAUGUCCAAAGAAGGCAGCGGCAGAGUCGCUGUGUUCAAGGCUAUUGGCAUCAUACACAGCUACACCUUGGAGUGCAACUACAACACCGGCAGAAUGGUCAAUUCUGUCCCCCCGGCCUUCCAUGACCAGGGCCGCGCCACACCCCCUCCAAUCGCCGGGUUCCCCCCCAAGUACACUCAGGCCCAUUAUGAAGAGGUGGGCAGGGCUGUGGCUACAGCAGCGUUAGACAUGAUGGAGACCAACCCCUGGACCAGGCUCACCCUGUCAGAACAUUCCAGCCUGCAUGGUGUGCGCGAUGCCGUCCGCCGAUACCUGCGUGGUCUGCGAGGCGGGCCGCGGGUUCCACGCAACCCUGUCAUCAGGAGCUACGGCAGAAACAGUUUGACUGGCAACAAUUUGAACAACAAUCGUCAGAAUCGCGGGAACCUGAGUGAGUCCAACAUCCAUCAGAACAACCGCGGUGCAUUCUCUCGCUCCACUGUCAGUGACACCAACACAGCCAGCACCUCCCGCACAGUGCGCGGCGGCGGCGGCGGCGGGUACACCAGACAGCCCACUCUGGGGCCGGGCAACAAGCGGGAGUUGGCGCCGGUCAGAGAAGCUACCCGCGGCGCCCUCGGUAACCAGACCCGGCGCCGAGUCACUCUGCCGUCCUGUAGCUCACCUGCCAAGCCAACGUCUGCUUCCUCGGUCCCAGCAUCCACCAAGAUGGCCUUGAGAAUAGGGUCAGGAUCAGGGUCAGGGUCAGAGGAGAGGCGGCAGCAGUCCGCAGACUGUUCGCUGAGGAUGAGGGAGGAGGACAAGUACCAGGAGCUGAAGAACAGUGGCCUGUUGGCUCUAGCCAAGAAGGGGGCCUCUCCCAGUCGGAUCCCGCUCCCCACGAACCGCUCCCAGCUGAACCUCCUGACCCCCCAGGGCAUGGAUGUCCACUCCAAGUUCCUGGCCCAGGGGAACCUGCGCGCCACCAAGCCGGGGACCAAGUCAGGGCCGCACAAACCAGGGGAGAUAACUCACCCAGCUGAGGUUGACGGCAGCAUGCAACCAGGAGGCAGGAGUAAUGAAGGUCACAAGGGACCCGAGGACGCAUCUCACCCGGGGGACAGCAUCCCUAUCACGCUCACUAAGGAUGCAGUUCCCAUCAUACAGAGUACUGUCACAGUCCGCGACGGAACAGAUGCUCAUGGUGAGGUGCCUCGACGGAGGAGGUCGACUUUCGGACGCCGGAAGAGCUUGACUCGAAGCCCAAAGAACGGUGUGACCAAAGGUAUGGGUAGCAAACAGGGGAGUGCGGACAGUGACUUUGAACGGCGGCGGAGACGGCGUAGGAGACAGCGCAAACGGACGACAGAAGCGAGCCCAGCGUCAGAUGACGGGGGACAAGAGCAUCACAGUGUACCCUACAAUUCCCAUGUAGCAGCAGCAGCAGCCCGGGGCUUGGAGGGGGCCGCCCUGAAACUGUCACCCAGACACAUCAUCAAUACCAACACACCUCUAUUUCUCUGUUCACAGACACAUCAUCAAUACCAACACACCUUUAUUUCUCUGUUCACAGACACGUCAUCAAUACCAACACACCUCUAUUUCUCUGUUCACAGACACAUCAUCAAUACCAACACACCUCUAUUUCUCUGUUCACAGACACAUCAUCAAUACCAACACACCUCUAUUUCUCUGUUCACCGACACGUCAUCAAUACCAACACACCUCUAUUUCUCUGUUCACCGACACAUCAUCAAUACCAACACACCUUUAUUUCUCUGUUCACAGACACGUCAUCAAUACCAACACACCUCUAUUUCUCUGUUCACAGACAUAUUAUCAAUACCAACACACCUCUAUUUCUCUGUUCACAGACACAUCAUCAAUACCUACGGCCCUUCCAGCUGGCACCGACUCCCACACUUCAAGCACACAUCGAUGAAAAGACAGUGGGACCCCUCUACUGCUGUUCCCCGCACCUUCCUCGGCCCCCCAGCAACUAGUCAACCCUCCAGCAACACUGACGUCUUCUGGGUCAACUUCUGAUGGAUGAUAAUGACUGCUGCAAUGACAGACAUCACCAGUGGUUGCCAGGGGAGGCAACUCUUCAUCCCGGCCUGUGCCAGAACAUACCAGUGUGCAUCUAUCCCCAGACCUGCUGGAUGCUGGGUGUUGGUGAUGUGUGUUGAAGCCUGUCUGGAAGGCAGUAUUACAAGUUUAUUGUUGA